UGGCUCAAUUUGGCGCGAACCUGACAUCACUACUGACAUCACAAUGAUGGCGGCUCCGUCAUCUUCACCAGCUUGGUUGACGAAAGCAAAGUCAACCGUCGGAGAAACAGUGAAACGAGAAAUGAAAGACACCAGCGUUCCAUUAAAUGCUUCCAAUUGCAACGGAAAAAGCGAAAGAGCAAAAGAACAAGAAUUGAAAGACACUGGCACUCCUUUGGAUGCUACUAAUGGCGAGGGAAAAAGUGAAGGAGCCUUAGAUCCUGCGAUACUAGAACAGAGACGGCAAAACAGACGCGUGGCACGAAGACGUCAACAGAAACGAAGAAAACAAAGGCGUAAGGAAGAAAACAACGCAAAGAGAUUGGUUAAGAUGGAGAAACUUGUCAAGGAGCGGGCUUUGAAAAUGGAAGCCGAUCUUCUGGAAGCUUUGGAAGCAGAGAAAAACAACGCGGCAAAAUAUUUGUCACUCGCGCGGAAAUACUACGGUAUGUGGAAGGAAACAAACGAAGAACUCCAACUGUUUCGUCAACAUGAGAAAGCAUCGAUCGCUAUGGAGGGGGAUGACUCGACAUCCAAAAAGGUUUCCAUAUCAUUAAAGGAUGACAAUUUGAAAUUAUCUCCAACAGCGACAUCACUGUCAUUGGACAGAAGAUUUUCUGAAUUCUCAAACUCUGGCACAUUUAAACUCAUUGGGGAAACCUUGAAUAUUAGCAGUGGAGUUUCAACAACCCAGCAAUAAUUUAUUAUUUGUAUUUUAGGCUGAGAUAAAUUUAUCUUCUGUUUUGUUCUUCAAUACAUUUAAUUUUCCAGACUUCGUAGUUAAAGAUAUGAACAGCUAGUUUUAAAAAGAUGCAGCUUUCUUUUAUUUAUUAUUUUUAUUUAAUUUUUUUUUUUUUUGGUCAAGGGAAAUUCACCCAUAGUUCUGUUCUUAAGUACAUUUAUUUUCCAAAGACUUCAUUGUUUAAGUUGAGAACAGCAUGGUUCAAAGGUUGCAACUUCCAUUACAUUCAGAAUUUGAAGGACAGAAAUUUGAUCGCGAUUUGAUAAUUUAAAUGUACAUAAGAAUGAGAACACAACUUGUGCAUGAUUUGGAAGGCCAGCAACAUGGUUAACAAAAGGCAGUUUAUCUAUCCUGAAUUUUAAAAGACUGGAUCAUUUUAUUGAUAUUUAUAUAAAUGUGAGAUUCAAAGGCUAUCUUUAUUAAGAAAAAGGUUUCCUACAAAAAUUACCUUCAGAUUUAUAGGAGUGUUUCCUAACUGUACCCUAACAAAUUCUUUAGAUUGCUUGGAUUUAUUUUCAAGUUUGAUGACAGUUAUUAAGAAUAAAAUACAAGCUCUGCAUGAAAUAAGUUACUCCUAGACAACAAAUGCUCUGUGGUUACUGAAAAAAUAUGGAGACCAUUUCUUUCAUUGGUUUAUUUCCAUGAUUAAAGGCUGAUAGUUUCGAAA